CACGGGUCUUCACCGAACCACAAACGCAGCUUUGGCUUCUCCAUUCCGAGUCCCUCCCCCCAUAGUCCAAGCCAACGACCGCCUCGCGCACGUACGAGCACGAAUCCCUCUUUGCUCUAGAGGAGAUGCAGACGGCGACGGCGGCGGCGGCGGCGCCGUGGGCUCCGAGCCCUUCCCCGUCCACCUCCUCCUCCGCGACCCCCUUCAAGGCUAGGGUGGGGAUUGCGUUGCCCUGUCGGACGGGUGUCCGUACCUCCUCUACGCUGAGGCUGGUUGCUACCCCCGCUCGCCGCCGGCGGCGGCAAGUGGUUCAGGCUAUUGCCAACCCAGAUCCAGCGGUCGAGCUGCCAUUGACUGCUGAAAAUGUUGAGUUGGUGUUGGAUGAAGUGCGACCUUACCUUAUGGCUGAUGGAGGCAAUGUUGUGUUGCAUGAGAUUGAUGGAAAUGUGGUGAGAUUGAAGCUGCAAGGAGCAUGUGGAUCAUGCCCGGCUUCAGUAACAACAAUGAAGAUGGGCAUUGAGCGACGCUUGAUGGAGAAAAUACCAGAGAUCGUUGCAGUUGAGCCCAUCGCAGAUGAGGAGACUGGUCUUGAAUUGAAUGAAGAGAACAUAGAAAAGGUUCUUGAUGAGAUUAGGCCAUACCUUUCCGGCACAGGGGGUGGUGAGCUUGAGUUUGUUUCAAUCGAGGAACCUAUCGUGAAGGUCAGGCUCACAGGCCCAGCUGCUGGUGUGAUGACUGUCCGAGUGGCCCUCACUCAGAAGCUCCGAGAAAAGAUCCCGAAAAUCGCAGCUGUCCAGCUAUUGUCGUGAACCUUGAAACACGUUUAGAAGCCAAGCCCCCUGUUAUGCGGAUGCGCGGCUACUGUAAUUCUCAGGAAUUCGUGAUACCUGUAUGUGUAGCCUCCCACAGCUGCUUAAACUCUCAAUGGCAACGGCCGAUAGCAGGCUUUCAUUUGCUGGAUUCACAGCAGUUUUGGUCCUACCUUGUACAGCGUUUGCUUCUGCAAAUGAGAGUAGCUACUGCUGAUCUUGCAACUUUCUUGAAACACUUGAAAUAAUUUGGUACCAAGGUUUGUUCU